AUGGAUAGCGACAUUCUCAAAAACGCAAUUGUCAUUAGUGAAGCAGACAUUACUUUCGAAGACAGCGCAACUGAAAUACGCAGCAAUCAGCUCAAAAGAAACAAGCGCAAACGGCAACACGCACUACCAUCUAGUAGUGAUGAAGCCGAGUCGGAAUCCGAAAGAAAUAGUGUGGCUAAGUAA